UCCUGGUAGCUCGCUGUCCACUUCCACUGUCGAGCACUACAUUUUAUAAGACUGGCUUUUCGACGGUCUCAAAUAAUAAACAAUAAUGUCGGACGGCUUUCGUCCGUCUGCACACAAACAUCAUCAUCAUCAUCAUCAUACUACAAUACAAAUAGAAAUACACACAUGAAUAAAUUAAUAUCCACAAGGGGUGUGCACCCCAUCACAGUGCAUUAUAUCCAUUUAAAAGAAAUACAAUUAAAAUGAAAAAAAAACACCCUCAUAAAUUGUUCCACCAGAAUGAUCCAAUCACAUCUCUCAGUAGAAUUCUGACAAGGGGCUGGCUUUGUAGAGGAACCUGGCUAGUAAGUAAGAGUUAUAAUUUUGUACAAUUCUUUCACACAGAUCCCAAAGAGAGCCAUGCUAUACUUAAAUCUGAAGCACAGGAGGGUCCAAAGAUAGAAGCAGUUUACACCCUAGAGGAGUCCUUUGAUCAGGAGUGGUGUGCAAGUCUAAAGCAGGUUACAGAGCUGACAUGUGUUAAAGAUGAAGAGGUCCCUCGACUGGAAUGUGUUCCUAUUAAAGAGGAAUUCACAGAACAGGAAUGUGUCCCCAUCGCAGAGGAAGUUCCUGCUGAAAAUAAUGUCUGUACACUUGAGGAGAACAACAAGCUGGGAUCCAGCCUGUGUGAUGAUUGUCCACCUGAAUAUGAACUGGGAUUUAGAGCUAAAGGAAAUCUCAAAGGAGAGAAAUCUCAUCGCUGCACAGUGUGUAGGAAGAUAUUCAGUCGUUUAUCACACCUUAAAAAACACCAGCACAGUCACAGAGGAGAGAAACCUCAUCAGUGUUCUGAGUGUGGGAAGAGUUUCAGUCGUUUAUCACACCUUAAAAAACACCAGCACAGUCACAGAGGAGAGAAACCUCAUCAGUGUUCUGACUGUGGGAAGAGUUUCAGUCGUUUAUCACACCUUAAAAUCCACCAGCGCAUUCACACAGGAGAGAAACCUCAUCACUGCUCUGAGUGUGGGAAGAGUUUCAGUCGUUUAUCACACCUUAAAAAACACCAGCACAGUCACAGAGGAGAGAAACCUCAUCACUGUUCUGAGUGUGGGAAGAGAUUCAGUCGUUUAUCACACCUUAAAAUCCACCAGCGCAUUCACACAGGAGAGAAACCUCAUCACUGCACUGAGUGUGGGAAGAGUUUCACAAAUUUAGGAAAUCUUCAGUCACACCAGCGCAUUCACACAGGAGAGAAACCUUAUCACUGUACUGAGUGUGGGAGGAGCUUCAGACGGAUAGAUAGCUUGAAAGCGCACCAGCGAACUCGCAGUCACUUAUCACACCUUAAGACACCAUAAAAUGGUUUUGAAGGAUACAAGAGAAUCCACAGAAUUUCAGCCACUUGAGGACACCUAAACACCAGGAGUAAAUGUGAAUAAAAUAUAGAAAUAUUUACUGCAAACAAAAGAAUAAACUUACUUGAAAUAGGUUUAUUCCUAAUCACUUUAGAUCAAAAACCUACACUCACGGAUGGGACAUGAGAACUACAUGGGGGUGAAUACUUAAG